AAGCAAGUACCUCCGGACAGUGUUCUAGAGAAAAAUUGGAACUCAGAACAGAAGAAACUGAAACGAAGACGUACUGCCUGCGAGAAAGAAAGGAUUGUACAUACGAAGAGGUCGAUGAGCCUCAGGAUGAUGACAUCCUGUAUUGUGAGAAAUGCCAGGAGAUCUUCAUCGACAGCUGUCCGGCUCAUGGACCCCCUACAUUUGUAAAAGACAAUGCAGUAGCCAAGGGGCAUCCCAACCGUUCAGCCCUCACUUUGCCCCCUGGGCUGAGAAUCGGGCCAUCGGGCAUCCCUGAGGCCGGGCUUGGAGUAUGGAAUGAGGCAUCUGAUUUGCCGUUGGGUCUGCACUUCGGCCCCUAUGAGGGCCGGAUCACAAAAGAUGAAGAGGCAGCCAACAGUGGAUACUCCUGGCAGAUCACCAAGGGGAGAAACUGCUAUGAGUAUGUGGAUGGAAAGGACAAAUCUCGGGCCAACUGGAUGAGGUAA